CUCUGUAUUGUAGUCGAAUCUGAACCUUCGACGCUGCCACAAGUUAACUGCUUUGAGUGCUCCUACAUAUUGGGGCUGCUUGGCUAUUUUGUUCGCAUUCAAGUGUCGGCCAAAUCUCGAUGCAAAAGAGCUGGAAACGCGGCGUAGUUUGAACACUUCGGUCUAAUCGUGAAUUCUACCAACACUGGACAGUUUGGUUUGUUUUCAAAAACGCUGCGCGAUACGCAGUAUAGAGAGAAGGGAAGUAAAAGUGAGAAAAAAAGUGCGAAAAUCAGCGAGAGGUGUGAGAAAGUGAAGAAAAAACGCAGAUUUUAAAUUUAAUGGUGUUGACGUCUCACAGUUUUUUUUCGAAAUUUUCAUCAAUUAAGUGUAUAAAAAUAUUAACAAUUUAUUAUGAGAAAAAUAAUGAAUCAAUGACCAAUAAAUUGUUUUAUUAAGCGGUUUUCGAAGGUUACUAAAACUGUAAAUUUGACGACGACUUUGAGUGAAAACAUACAAACAUCGUAAAUUAAGUUCGAUAAAUAAAACACGCAGAAGGUGCAACAAAUAAUCACAAACUAUUUAAGUUAAAUUGGGAAGACAUUGACGCCAACCGUUAAGUGGAGAAAAUCUCACAAUUUAUAUGCCACGAAUAUUUAAGCAUCAAAAUUACUAAUUAAUUAAAUUGUUAAGCAACAGUUAAUAAUAAAUUGAGACAAAUUACAACAACAAUUUACAAUAACUAGCAGCAAGUUUUUAAUUAUAUGCCAAAAGAAUAGAAAAGUGCUAACGGUAACCACCGACAAAUAUACACACACGUAUAUACUACUACUACAACUACCACUAUCACUACUACUACUACAGCUGCAUGCAAUCAAAUUAAAAGACUAAAAGCACACACAUAUAUACAACAUAAGCAAGCAAGUUUACUGCCGCGCACAUACACACACACACGCCACAAAGCAGAUCAGCGUUAAUCAUUCUAUUACCGUAUACAAUUACGUGUCAAAAGUUUCAUAACAUUUAAAGUCAUUUAGAGGAAAGUAGUGCAAAAAAUGGCUAAAGAACUAAAAACGCUCGGAUGGGACUACUUUAUGUUCGUGGUCUUCAUUUUGAUCACAGUUUUUGCACCGCUUUGGAAACGAAUGUUUGGCAAGAAAAAAGAACGCAGUAAAGCCGAUUAUGUAUUUGCCACAGGUGGCAUAUCAAUUGUAGCAAUUAUGUUAUCUAUAGCACGAGGCACAUUGGGCGUGAGAACUGUAUUGGGUUAUCCGAGUGAGUUAUUCUAUCGUGGCUCGGCAAUGUGGGAGAACAUCUAUGGCAUGGUCAGCGCCUAUCCCAUUGUCUGCUUCGUCUUUGUGCCAGUUUAUUUUAAUUUGGGCAUUACGUCAGUCUAUCAGUACAUAGAUUUAAGAUUUAAAAGUCGACUAGUGCGGUGCCUUGCUUCCGGCACCUAUAUAGUGCGGCAACUGUGCUCCCUGGGCAUUGCCGUUUACACACCCAGUGUCGCAUUGUCGACCGUAAUUGGCAUUCCCUAUUGGGCAUCCAUUGUGGGCAUGGCUGUGAUUUGCAUAUUUUUCACCAUCAUGGGUGGUUUAAAAGCUGCCAUUAAUGCCGAUGUCAUACAAACCGUAACGGUAAUUUUAGUAACAUUAGCUGUGAUUGUCAAAGGUCUGAUUGUCAGUGGCGGCGUUCAACGAACAUACCAAAUUAAUCGUGAUAACGGGCGUUUAACAUUCUUCAACUUCACGGGCGAUAUGACUGUGCGUGUAGACACGCUCUCCGCAUGGAUGGGCCAGUUGUUCAUGUCGCUGUCACAAUUCGGUUGCCAACAGAACUUUAUGCAGCGAUAUGUCUCACUGAAAUCGAUGAGUCAAGUGCGACGAGUAAUGAUGACCAAUAUUCCCAUUAUCGUUGUAUUCUUUUCACUCUCCUGGCUGUCGGGCAUGGUCAUCUACGCCUCCUACGUAAACUGUGAUCCCUACGCUGAAGGCUACAUAAGCAAACCGGAUGAGAUUUUGCCAUUCUUCGUUGAAGACCAAUUGGCUGUUAUACCCGGCUUUGUGGGCAUCUUUAUGGCGAUGCUUUUCAACGGCGCCUUGUGCAUGAUGGUGUCGAAUUUAAAUUCAUUAGCAACUGUUUGUUGGGAGGACUUCGUCUCGCAAAUGCCGCAGUUCAAGGGCCUCAGCGACAAACAACAGCUUUUCAUCCUCAAGAUUAUAACCGUCAUUUGUGGCUUCAUCACAAUGGGUGUUGCCUUCGGCGUGGGGCUACUGUCGGGCGUAAUUGAAUCAUCGUUGCUCGCCUUUUCGGCCACAUCUGGUCCGUUAUUGGGCUGCUUUAUCCUGGCCAUGUUGGUGCCGGUUGCUAAUUGGAAGGGCACUUCGGCUGGCAUGAUUUCGUCUUGCGCCUUCGUAUUGUGGAUUAUCACAGGCAGCGCCACAGUUGAUAAGAGUGCGCAGAACUCUUUCUUACCCACAUCCACUGAGGGUUGCACGAACACGACUUUCUCAGGAUCUAUAAUCAAACCUAAAGAGCUGGAACAAUCUUGGCUGAUUUCACAUUCGUUACACAACACCUCUACACCUCUGGAACAAACGAUUAUGGCGCCUGAACGUACACCCAUGGAAACCUUCUACUCCAUCAGCUACAUGUAUUACAGUUUGCUUGGCGCUGUGAUUACAGUCGGUGUUGGCGUUAUCAUUAGUUAUCUUACCCGUGACCCCAAGGAUGCAUACGAUGCUAAGCUUCUACACCCAGUGAUCCUGCGUUGGUGCGAACGUUUCCCUGGCGACAAGCCCUAUAUAAUCAGCGAAGCCACCAGCGACUUAACAGCGGUGGAUAAGGGAAAAGGUGCCAAAGUGAAUCAUGCAUUUGAUGGGCAAACUGAAUCAAACAUCAUCAUAGGCACCAGUAAUGAAAAACAGAAGAUUAAUCCCAUCGAUGCGGUAUUCACCAAUGGGCAAAACAGCCAAAAACGCACAGAUGGCAGCACUGACGAACCAUGCAUAACGGGCACGGGGAGCCUGGCAAGAACAGCGGAUUUGGAUGCGCUACCAAGCAGCUGUGAAAAUGGCACCUACCGUCAGUUCAAAGAGAGAGAAACAGUGUGAUAGGCAUACUCCCUCCAUGCCUACGUUACGUCUGAGGUGCGGGGCGAUUCAUUGAUAUUCGAAAGUACAUCGUAGAGACUUAAGUUUAUUUACUUAAUAUUUAUGCUAUCCCAUACAUACAUACAUAUGUGAAUUUGUAAUUUUUAGUAAUGAUUAAGUCUGAAAGUUAGUAAUAACUCAAACGAUUCUAAACUAAAAGAUAGAUGUAUUCACAGCACAAUGAAGACAAACAAAUAAGCGGAUAAAGAAAUAAAUGAAACUUUAGUGAAAUAAGUGUAGUAGUUUUUAUGAGGAAUUAAUGAUAUUGAAGGAGUCACUGUGAUCAUUAAUUAAUCUGACUUCUUGUCCUGAUUAAUUCAAUUAUACUUAUACAGAUAUACAAUACAUGCAUAUGAGAUGGUAUUCGAUCGUUUUCAUGAGCACUAUAUACAUACAUACAUAUUUAUAAAUGACAUAUACCGUAGUAUGUACAUAUGUCAGCUUUCAAUUAGAAGUAUGUUCCAUAGUUCCAUAGUAUAUUAUAUGUAUGUACUCUCGUUAAGUGUUUUGUUGGGCGUACAUAUGUAAUUAUAUACAUACAUGAUACAUUGAUACAUUAGACAUAAGAAGAAUAUUAUAAAAUAUGAAAUAUUUGCAAAUUUCAAUUGUGAGGCAAAAAUAUUUACAUAUUUAAAUGGAUGUGGGCAAUAACAAGACACAUUUUAUAGCUGUAUACAUACAUAUAUGUAUAGUUAGUUAGUAAUAAUUAGUUGUUUAAUAAAAAUUUUAAUUAAAGA